AAAAGCAGCCAGGGGCCCAAGGGACACAAGAGGCUCCAGGGACAGGUGAGGGCCUCUUCUCUGCAUCACCACUCAAGCAGCAUCACCAUAGCAACCCCAGCAGUAAACAAUGGUGCCAGAAAGGGCUUCCCCACAAAGCCGCCCCUCCUGGCUCUGAGGCCCAGAAGAAUGGCCAGUAACCGGCAAAGAUCACUCAGAGGGCCCAGUCACCCAUCUCAUAUGGAAGAACCUUUCCUGCAGAUGGUCCAGGCCAGCGAGUCCCUCCCAUCCUCCCAAACGUGGGCUCAGCGUGAGUUCUUCCUCCCCAGUGAGUCCUGGGAGUUCCCUGGCUUCACCCGGCAAGCCUACCACCAGCUGGCUCUGAAGCUGCCGCCCUGCACAGAUAUGAAGUCCAAGGUGCGUCAGCGGCUCAUCCACCCUUGGAAGGGUGGCGCCCAGCACACCUGGGGCUUUCACACGUGGCUCGAUGUGUGCCGUCUGCCUGCCACCUUCCCCACCCGGCCUGACAGGCCCUACGAUAGCAAUGUCUGGCGCUGGCUGACCGACUCCAAUGCCCACAGAUGCCCCCCCACGGAGCACCCCAUCCCCCCUCCCUCCUGGAUGGGGCAAAACAGCUUCCUGACCUUCAUCCACUGUUAUCCCACGUUUGUGGACAUGAAAAGGAAGAAGCAGGUGAUUUUCAGGACAGUGAAGGAGUUGAAGGAGGUGGAGAAGCUCAAGUUGAGGAGUGAGGCAAGAGCACCCCCACUCGAUGCCCAGGGCAACAUCCAGCCGCCAGCGAGCUUCAAGAAGUACCGGCACAUAUCUGCUGGUGGGAGGUUUGAACCCCAGGGCCUCCAGCUCAUGCCCAAUCCGUUUCCCAAUAAUUUCGCCAGGAGCUGGCCCUGCCCGAACCCUCUGCCUCACUACCAGGAGAAGGUGCUAAAGCUGGCCUUGCUGCCCAGCGCGCCCCUGAGCCAGGACCUCAUAAGGGAUUUCCAAACCCUGAUAAAGGACAGAACUGCCUUACCCCUCCACCAUCUCUCCAAGGCACAAGCAAGCAAAUCCCCAGCAAGGAAGAGGAAGAGAAGACCUGGACACUUCUAGAAGGGCUUCCAGAGGGGACGAUCGUGAUACCCAGAGCCUCAGGCUCCAGUGUUCUCAAUCAAUGCUCCUUCAGCAAGAGGCCCUGGGGUAGCAAAAGGACUCUGGCUUCUGCAGAACAGCCUCUCCACCAUCCUCCCAGCCUCAAGGCACCUCUGUACCCCAGGCUAUUGGAGAUUCAACUGAAA